GGAGACGUAGUGCGGCGGCGGCGGGAUGCCCGACUCGAGGUUCACCACCGAAAAGAUCGCCGAUGAGGGCGACGGCGCCGGACAGACUCCCCCGGCUGCCUCCAGCCCCAACAAUGUCCGCGCAGGCGAUUCAGGCGGCACCGCCGAGAGCGGUGGCGUCGAAAAGCAGGCCAGCCUCGACACCAACCUCUACCUCUACCAGGAGGAGUUGGAGGACCGUCCGCAGGUGUCAACGUUGCUCAACUCGUUGGCAAACUAUUCGAACACGAUCCCUGCGGCCACCGACCCUGACAAGGACAAGCCGGCGGGAGGCGCCGCAGCAGGUGGCGCUCGCAUGGGCACCCUGAUCGGCGUCUUCCUGCCAUGCAUCCAGAACAUUUUCGGCGUCAUCCUCUUCAUCAGACUGACGUGGGUCGUCGGAACCGCCGGCGCCCUCUGCGGAUUCCUCAUUGUGCUCACUUGCUGCUGCGUGACCAUGCUGACUGCGAUCUCAAUGUCGGCGAUCGCGACCAACGGCGUGGUGCCAGCCGGCGGCUCCUACUUCAUGAUCUCGCGCUCACUUGGACCUGAGUGCGGAGGGGCCGUCGGCAUGUUGUUCUACACGGGCACCACACUCGCCGCCGCCAUGUACAUCGUUGGCGCCGUCGAAAUCGUCAUCACGUACAUGGCGCCGUGGCUGUCGAUUUUCGGCGACUUCACCAAGGACGCCGAGAUCAUGUACAACAACUUCCGCGUGUACGGCACGUGUUUGCUGAUCGUCAUGUCGCUGAUCGUCUACGUCGGCGUCACCUUCGUCAACAAGUUCGCCACGGUGGCGCUCGCCUGCGUCAUUUUCUCCAUCAUAGCCGUCUACGUCGGCAUCGCCGUCAACUGGCAGGGCAACGACAAGCUCUUCAUGUGCGUGUUGGGUGAGCGCCUGUUAAAGGACAUCUCUGUGGAGAACUGCACCAAAGAGGUGGGCUCACAGUUGUGGGACGUGUUUUGCGAGGACCCUGUGGCCAUGACCGGCUGCGACCAGUACUUUGAGCAGCACAACGUGUCUCUGGUUCGCGGUAUCAAGGGUGUCGCCUCGGGCGUUUUCUUUGACAACAUUGACAACAGCUUCCUUGAUUUGGGUCAAUACAUUGGGCGCUCCAAGCGACCUGAGGUGAUUGAAAACAUGUCCGGACAGACCUACAACCAGGUCUACGCCGACCUGACCACCUCCUUCACCAUUCUCAUUGGCAUCUUCUUCCCUUCAGUCACCGGUAUUAUGGCUGGCUCGAACCGUUCUGGUGACUUGGCUGACGCGCAGUUCUCCAUCCCACGCGGCACCAUUGCAGCUAUUGCCACUACUUCGACCGUCUACCUGUCAUCUGUGUUGUUGUUCGCCGGAACGGUCGACAACCUCCUCCUUAGGGACAAGUUCGGUCAAAGUAUUGGCGGCAAGUUGGUUGUGGCAAAUAUCGCAUGGCCGAAUGAAUGGGUCAUCCUGAUCGGCUCCUUCCUAUCCACUUUGGGCGCCGGACUGCAGUCCUUGACGGGCGCCCCCCGUCUCCUGCAGGCCAUCGCCAAGGACGGCAUCAUCCCCUUCCUGCAGCCGUUUGCUGUUUCAAGCUCAAGGGGCGAGCCGACGCGCGCCCUCAUCCUCACCGCUUGCAUCUGCCAGUGCGGCGUCCUCCUCGGCAACGUCGACAUCCUUGCUCCGCUGCUCUCCAUGUUCUUCCUCAUGUGCUACGGCUUUGUGAACCUCGCCUGCGCCUUGCAGACCCUUCUGCGCACACCCAACUGGCGCCCUCGCUUCAAGUUCUACCACUGGUCGCUCUCGCUCAUCGGUCUCACGCUCUGCAUCUCUGUAAUGUUCAUGACCUCUUGGUUCUACGCCCUUAUUGCCAUGGGCAUGGCCGGAUGCAUUUACAAGUACAUCGAGUACCGCGGAGCUGAGAAGGAAUGGGGUGACGGCAUUCGAGGUCUUGCACUCUCUGCGGCGCGCUUCAGCCUGCUCCGUCUUGAGGAAGGACCUCCGCACACCAAGAACUGGCGUCCGCAGGUGCUGAUCCUGUGCAAGCCCAACCCUGAGCUGCACCCCAAGUACCGCAAGAUGCUGGCGUUCGCGUCGCAGCUCAAGGGUGGCAAGGGCCUGAACAUCGGAACCGCCAUCUUCCCAGGCGAUUAUGUGCCAAACGUGGUCGAGGUUUUGGCCACCAAGCAGAACCUGAAGAAGGCCAUGGAGGAAGAGAAGGUCAAGGGCUUCGCUGACGUGAUGGCCUCGGCUGACGUUGCUGAGGGUCUUAGUCACAUGGUACAGACCAUCGGUCUGGGUGGACUGAAGCCCAACACCGUCAUCCUGGGCUGGCCCAACGGCUGGAGCAAGGCGCGCCAUGACCGCUCGUGGGUCAACUUCCUGCAGACCGUGCGCACAGUGUCUGCCGCAAGAAUGGCCCUGCUUGUGCCAAAGGGCAUCAUGGCCUUCCCUGAGUCCUCCGAAAAGGUGAGCGGCUUCAUUGAUGUGUGGUGGAUUGUGCAUGAUGGCGGUCUGCUGAUGCUGCUGCCGUUCUUGCUGCGACAACACCGCACCUGGAAGAACUGCAAGCUUCGCAUCUUCACAGUGGCUCAGCUCGAGGACAACUCGAUCCAAAUGAAGAAGGAUCUCAAGCUCUUCCUCUAUCACUUGCGCAUUGAGGCAGAGGUGCAAGUGAUUGAAAUGAUGGAUUCUGAUAUCUCCGCUUAUACGUAUGAAAGAACUCUGGUUAUGGAGCAGCGCAACCAAAUGCUCAGAGAGCUUCGGCUAAACAAGAAGGAGUCACUGGGCGUGGUGCAAAACCUGGUCGAUUUCAACCCGGACGCCCUCACCGAAGAGAAACUGCCCCUGGUGCAAGCGAUCGUUGACUCGCACCAUGGCACUGACGCUAAGGCCGCUUCCAAAGUUCGAUUCUCCGAGCCUGGCGCGGGUGGUGAGGACGGAGCCGCCCCCGAGGGUGGCGACGCGCCCAAUUCCAAGGGAGGCAGUCCUCAACCGACCCACAAGGAAGUGGCCGAGGCCGAUUCGGACAAGACGGUCGCCGAUUCCAAGAGUCCCAACAAAUCCAUCACUGUGGACGAGGGCAAUGUGCGGCGGAUGCAUACAGCCGUCAAACUGAAUGAGGUAAUCGUCAACAAAAGCCACGAGGCGCAACUUGUGAUCCUUAACCUGCCCGGACCCCCGAAAGACUCGUGUCCUGAAAGGGAGUCCAACUACAUGGACUUCCUGGAGGUGCUGACGGAGGGCCUGGAGAAGGUGCUGAUGGUGCGCGGUGGCGGCCGCGAAGUGAUCACCAUCUACUCGUAGUCGGCCGCGCCUUCAGCCGCAAACUUUCAACACCACGCCGCCCCCGGGGGCGUCCUCAUCCUCGUCUUAGCCGUGUAGACUGCGUCGUUCAUACAAAACAUAAACUUUUCUCUCCGAGACGAAACAAAACACAACACAAAUAAGAAAGAAUUAACACAAAAAGCAUCAAAAAUCGAAUUUCCUCGGUAGACGGAUUUUAAAAAGAAACUCGUCGUUUUAAACGCUGAAAAUGAAUUUAAAAAACUUGAAAAAUAAAAAUAACGUUGGUCAGAGGACAGCCAAAGGACACACAAACACAAAAAAUGAAAUGAUCACACUCAUCUGAUUCCUCUUUCGUCGGGCGGUUCCUUUUUGCUCACUUGGAAGAACACGUUUAUUGAUAGAAAAAAAUCCUACGACUCGGCGCCGUGAGCGCCCUCCUGCACCGGAACGACUUUUUCGUUUUUUGCCGACGACCUCUCACUUGUGAUAUAAAAGAAAAACCAAAACGUUUAGUGCGUGGAAAGAAAGUCCAGCUGCAUUUCGGUUAUGAAUACAAAUUCAACACACGAAGGCUGUUUCUCUCGUAGUGAUAUUUAUGAUUUUACUGCUGACGGAUAUAAUAUAUUAUAGUAGUCCCAUAUCUCUCUUGAUUCACCUCCCUCCGACUGGUCGGACGAAAAGGAAUCUCUCUCUCGUCGCUUUUGCUCAAUCCGAGUAUACACGCGCGAAAUUUCGGAAAGCGCCGUUCGCGGGAGUCGGGCGCUCUCGGCCCGUAGAAUAUGUAUUAACUAAUUAAUAUAUACGUACGUAUUAGGAAGCUGAACGGACUGAAUGUGAUGUGGUGAACAGCACCCCCUUUGACCGCCCUCGAAAGUCUCUAGUCCACGAUUCCCGCCGCUCUCUCCUUUCUUAUCUCUGUGAGAUAAAAAAACAAAGAAACAAAAAAAGAAGAAGAAAAACUCGUUCACACACAAAAGCGACUCUUGCUAGCUCACUUGUUGAAAUCAAAAAAUGCCAAAUUGUUCUAAUCGUAGUAAAGUGAAGAGAAAAAAUUUACAAUUUAUCACACUUUGGCUGUGCUCGUCAGCUCGCGGUUCGCCGGAAGUCGCCCGAAAUUUAUUUCUGACCUCGUAUUUGAACUCGGCGGGCCAGAAAACCUAUGAAUGGAAACCCAACAUGGACCAACUCUGAUAAAUUCACAAUCUAGCUUAUUCAGGGUUUCACACCCUGAGCAGGUUUUUUGCAUUUUUCCUUAAAGGUGAUCUUGUUGGGUGUCUAAUUAUGGGUGUUUAGGGUCGCAGAGUGUGAAUUUGAAGUUGGAUUUUAAAUAGGGGUGCGAGUUUCGGGGGACCAGAGCAGUGGGCGCUGCCGGCACGAUCGGUAGGGUCGUCUCGGGGCCCGCGCGCGCGUUUGGCACAAAAUCCCACGCUCUCUCAUCAUCUCAUCUCUUUUCUACUCAGCGCUCCGGGCCGGCCCACGAAAAUUAAUGGAAAGCAUUAAAACUCUCACUCACUCACUCACGCGUAAAACUAAAUUCAAUUUAACUCGAUUAAUUAAUUAAUUAUUACGAGACAGUAGUUCAAUGAUUAUUAUCUCAAAAAAGAUAUAUUAUGAUAAAAAUAAUCUAAUUACGAAUAUAUAUUACGAAAAACUAAGUGUUUGGAUGUUUAGGUGCUAAAUGUUGUGCUGCUGCUUAACAGAGACACUUGAAAUACGAGGGAAAAAUAAUAAAAUGAAGAGGAAUUAUCGCUCGUUGUAAUUGUAUAACUCUAGAAAGGGCCUUUCUCGUUGUUAAUAUUCAAGGAAAUUUGAUUAAAUAAAAGGAUAGCGUCGUUGAGCGAAAGCUUGCAAAUGAAUAUUAAAUAAUAUAAAUAGUCUACGUUAGGCGUUUCUCUAUCUCUCUCUUUCUCUCUUUCACUCUCUGCGGAACUCUUAAACGAUUAGUAGCGAAAAGGUCCAUUCAGGAUCCUCCGAAAUUCGGGCCGGUGACGAAUUUGAGAUAAAAAUCAACAAAACAAUUAAAUUUAAUUUUAUUUCAAAUUUUGUGCAAGAGUUUUAGCGCAGAUUUCCAAAUUUUCAUUUAAUUGACCAUUAUGUGUGAGCAAAAAUCAAAUAAUGUUGCAACUUCUCUUGUCCAAAUUAAUUUUAAGUAAAUUUUCAGUUCAACUUUUUUCUCGGUUACGUCAACAGCUACCCUGACGUGCCUGACGUGGCCCUCUUUUCGGAAGGUCCUGAUCUAUUCAAUGUUAGGUCAAGGACAAACAAGUCAUCCGCAGGCGAUUUAAGUCAAUUCUCGUUAACUUAGGCAAAAGCCACUCCGUCGGGACGGAACAAAUGAAAAUCGGACACGUUGCCCUUGGCCAAUUGUUACACGAAUAAAAUUAAUUAAUUCUCGCAUAUAAUUAUUAAUAUUAUUGAAUGUUGAGAGACGCGAAAGAGUUAUUUGCACUGCAGGUCGGCCGUGUUUUCCUUUUGACACUAUACGCGUCGUUUGCUUAAUUUUAUUUUUGAACCUCUGCAGGCGAAUGGAUUUAUAUUUAAAUUUAUGAGACAUUGUUCGUGCGCCGCGGGGCCGACCGGUUCCCGGCGAGACUCUUCGUUAUUGUUUCAUUGUCUGAUGGUCGUUGAUCGAUGUGUUUUUCUGUAAAACUCACCAACACAUACACACUGACACAAACACACGACUUUUUAAAGAGUUUAAUCCAUGAAAAAUUAAGAAAAAUGCAAAUAAAAAUGCCAAAAAGAUUCACGAGAAAUUCAAUUGUUUCAAUCUACAAUUUUGCCCACAUUAAAAAAAAUAGCACAAAAUGAUAACAUUUUUAUCUCAUUUUAGGGGUAAAAUUGAAAACAGUUUUUAUGAUGAUCAACAAUACAAAUUUUUGUUUUAUUGCAGUGUUUCUUUUGAGUGUAGACAUUUAGAUCAGGAUUAACAAUUGACUUUUAAACUCAGCAGAGUCUCCAAAUCAUAUUUUUUCUAUACAAUAAUCUUCAGUAAUAAAAAUAAUUAUGUAUAAAAUAGAUUUUUGUAUAAAU